GAACCCUUCAUCUUUUAGUCUCGUCCUGCGAUUCGGAGUUCUCAAAUUUCCUCAGAUCCACUCGUUUUUCUCUGUCAAUUUGAUUACUCGAUCGAUUUCACUUUCCAAUUUGGUUACCCCUGCAUCGAUUAGAAGCCCUAAAUCCGAUCCUCGUCUUAGAAUCGAAGAAAUUCGGGAACAAUUCUUAUUGUUUCAGAAGAUUUGGUGGAAUGGCUUCGAAAACAGCGUCCAAAGACAUCAUCACUCUUCGCGGUUCUGCAGCGAUUGUCAGCGAGUUCUUCGGGUAUGCUGCUAAUAGCAUCUUGUACAAUCGUGGACUUUAUCCUGAAGAAAGUUUUGCAAGGGUGAAGAAAUAUGGACUUCCAAUGUUGCUUACUCAAGAUGAAGGUGUUAAGACCUUCAUUUCUAAUCUUACUGCUCAGCUUUCUGAAUGGCUGGAAGCUGGGAAGCUGCAAAGGGUUGUGCUGGUUAUAAUGAGCAAAGCCAACAAUGAGGUGCUUGAGAGGUGGAAUUUCAGAAUUGAAACUGAUGGAGUGGUGGUCGAGCAAGGUGUGUCGAGGGAAAAGAGUGAUAAAGAAAUAAUGAGGGAGAUCCAAGCAAUUAUGAGACAGAUUGCUUCGAGCAUCACUUACUUGCCCUGCCUAGAUGAACCCUGUGUAUUUGAUGUGUUAGCAUAUACAGAUAAAGAUCUUGCAGUUCCAUUUACUUGGAUCGAGAGUGACCCUAAGCUGAUUGCUAAUCCACAAAUGGUGAAGCUGCACUCAUUUGAUACAAAGAUUCACAAAGUGGACACUCUUGUUUCUUACAAGAACGAUGACUGCGACGACGAGUAGAAAACAAACUCGCUUUCCUGGAAUUUGUUGUUGGGGUUGUGGUGGGAUCCCUCCAACCCGAUCGUUUUCAAGGUGGCAUUUUGUGAAUCUUUUAUUCACAUUUGGUGUUGUACUGUAAUGUAAUGUGUAAUGUAGUAACAAUGUUUUGUGGGAGUGAGUGGUGAAUAUAGGGCAGGAUGGGUUCACUUAGAAUUCCACCUGUGAAUGGUUUUGGGUUUGUUUGUUUGUUGUUGUGUGUGGUUGGGGGAACUUUUGAAGACCAUAUGACCUUGACCACCUUCUUUAUAAAGAAAACAUGUUUUACGGA